CUCAUACAACAUCAUCUGUCCAUGGACAAUUUACUUUGUGCAAUAAUAUGUUGUUGCGGCUGCACAAAGCCUCUCUUUAUCCCUUUCUCCUAAAUUGCAUUCUUAAAUGCAUCUAGCUAUUAAACCAACCAUUUCUUUAAUAGCUCAAUCUAGGUAGAGAAACCAAAACUUCUUGUUUUUUGGCUGUGUUUUAGUAACAAUGCCUGCAGGCUGCCAAAGUUCUGUUGAGCUUCCCAUUCUUGAUAUUUCCAAGCCAUUACAUCCAUCUUUUCUGUCCUCCCUCGCUGAAGCCUGCGAAAAAUGGGGUUUCUUCCUUAUCAAAAAUCAUGGAAUAUCAAAACAUCUUUACAACAAAAUCUGUUCGCUUUCGCAGGACAUAUUUAGCCUCCCUUCUGAGACAAAACUUGAACUCGGUCCAUCAUCUUCUGUGAAAACUUACACUCCUCAUUUCAUAGCUUCCCCUUUCUUUGAGAGUCUUCGAGUUUCAGGACCCAACUUCUUUGCAUCUGCUCAGAGUUCCACAAACAUCCUCUUUAACCAACAGAGUUGCGAAUUCAGUGAAGCGCUUCAGGAAUAUGGGAGCAAGAUGACAGAACUAUCGAAAAGAAUUAUAGAGAUGCUAUUGCUGAGCUUGGGAGAUGAUCUUGAUCGUAAGAAAUACUAUGAAUCUGAAUUCAAGAACUGCCAUGGAUAUUUAAGGAUUAUAAACUACACACCUCCAAAAUGUCUGGAUGAUGAGGUUGAGGGACUUGGGAUGCAUACAGACAUGAGCUGCGUAACGAUUGUAUACCAAGACCAAAUUGGUGGGCUUCAGGUGAAAUCUAGAGAAGGGAGGUGGAUGGACAUAAGCCCAUGUGAGGAGACUUUGGUGGUGAACAUAGGAGACAUGUUGCAAGCUUGGAGCAAUGAGAAAUUUAGGUCAUCGGAACAUCGAGUAGUUUUGAAGCGACCAGUUAACCGUUUCUCUCUUGCUUUUUUCUGGUGCUUUGAGGAUGAGAAGGUGAUCUUGGCACCAGAUGAAGUGGUAGGAGAAGGAUAUAAAAGAAUUUACACGCCGUUUGUUUGUGCAGAUUAUUUGAAAUUCAGAGAGAGCAGUGAGAGAGGGAAGUUUGAAAAGGUUGGCUUCACUGUUAGAGAUUUCGCUGGGACAAGUCUCUGAAUGUCAUGGCAGGAAAAUCCAAGUUGAAAUAGUUGUUCUUCAUGUACCUUGUUCAUAUUAAUUAAUUACAUUAGCUAGCUAGAUACCCUUAAAGCUCCAGAAAAUAAAGAUUUGUAAGGUUAUGAGUUGGGUUGGUUGUGUUUGGGAGCUUUGACAUGUAGGGCAGUUGUUAUAUAAUAUUCAAUCCAGCAUGGAGUUGUACAGUUGGAGUUCAACUUCCAACUUCACAUGUUUGUAUAUUAUAUCAUUUCUGCAUUUGUAUAUGUUCAUUUACUAA